UCACAAGACUUGCAAAAUGAUCAUGAUGUGGAUCAUCCAGUUGUUGAAGUUCCGCCUUCGAGUCCCAAACACACGACUCUUACUGUAUGGAAAAGAUCAAGCAUGAGCUUCCAAGGCACCGAUGGGUUCACGGUCUAUGAUCGUCAUGGAAGCCUUGCUUUUCGUGUUGACAACUACUCCAGGAAUAGUCGGUCUUGCUCCUCUCUAGGCGCUAACGGUACUGGUAGUAGUAGUGGUAGUAAAGCUCUCAUCCUCAUGGAUGGAUCCGGAACACCAUUGUUAACUCUCAAGCCACAGAUAUUCUGCAUUCAAAAUCAGUGGAAUGGAUUUCUUUACAACGAAGACCAUAAAGGAUUUCCGAAGAGCGACCAAAAGAUAUUCAUGAUGAGGAGACCAAAUUCAAAGUUUGUAUUCGGACAAACCAAAAACAAGGAAACACAAUGUGAAGCCGAAGUUUUUUUUAUCCAUCCUAGUAAAGAAUCUGAAGCAGAAGGUGGUUGUAAGGAACCAUCACGACGACAACCGGAUUAUAGAAUAGAAGGGUCAUUUUGGAACCGUAAUUGCAAGAUUAGAAGCACUACUAGCGGAGAAGUGGCAGCCAAGAUUAUGAGGAAAAGAACAACUACAACAACAAUGACUAGUAGUACACUAAUAUUGAGUGAAGAAGUAUUUAGCCUCGUGGUGCAGCCCGGCUUUGAUCCUCAGAUUAUCAUGGCUUUCGUUAUCAUUCUGGACCGUAUAUGUGUCAAACCGGUUUUCACCCCUUUGGUGUGUUCUUAAAUUCUUGAAAUUGUUAUUGAUCAAGCCUUUGUUGGCUGUCAUUUUUCUGUUUUUCA